GCCCCCCAGCUUUGCAAUGCACGCGCCCCACUCAGAGCUGCUCCCCCCACUGCGGAACUCUUAAAGGGCCAGGCGGGCUCCGGCUCUGCACCAGCAGCCGCUGCGGCGGGGCUCAGCAGCUGUAUCCAGGGAAGGCGAAAAAACAGUCACCAACCCCUCUGCGGAGGGCUCUGUAAGCAGCAGAAGCACCACUAAGCGCCUGAAGGAGCGUAACGCUGAACGAUGGAAAAUAUCCCACCAGGAGAUCUGGACAAGGCUGCUAGUGGGGAUCAGAACAGCUCAGCGACAGCGCGUCUGCAUUUGUAUCCAGGCAUGCAGGACGAUGCCAAUCCAGAUCUUGACCAAGGCCUUGCUGCGCAAACCGCAGGUGCUUCCCUGAAUCACUCGACCACCCUGACAGACAGACAGAGAGGCAACGAGGUCUCUGCCCUUCCAGCAACCCUCGACAGUACGUCCCUGAAGCACUCGACCACCCUGACAAACAGACAGAGAGGCAACGAGGUCUCUGCCCUCCCAGCAACCCUCGACACUUUGUCCAUCCACCAGUUGGCUGCUCAGGGUGAACUCAGUCAGCUGAAAGAGUAUCUCCGAAAAGGGGAGAACUUGGUGAACAAGCCCGACGAGAGAGGCUUCACUCCUCUGAUCUGGGCCUCUGCCUUCGGGGAGAUUGAAACAGUCCGUCAUCUGCUCGACUGGGGUGCGGACCCCCACGUACUGGCCAAGGAGCGGGAGAGCGCGUUGUCGCUGGCCAGCACCGGAGGAUACACCGAUAUAGUGACCAUGCUGCUGGAAAGAGACGUCGAUAUCAAUAUAUACGACUGGAACGGAGGCACCCCGUUGCUGUAUGCCGUGCGUGGCAACCACGUGAAGUGUGUCGAGGCUUUACUAGCUCGCGGUGCUGAUCUGACGACGGAAGCCGACUCCGGCUACACCUCCAUGGACCUGGCCGUGGCGUUGGGACACAAGAAAGUUCAACAGGUUAUUGAGAACCACAUCCUCAAGCUGUUUCAGACCAAGAAACUGGAGUGACGCUGGCUCGUGCUCCCUGGCUGAAAGAAGCAGGGCUUUGCUGUCUCCGUCAGCUCUCCGGAUGCUGCAUGGGAACAAGGUGGCCAGACGCGCUGUCUCUUUCCAAGGGCUGACACUCCUGCAGCAGAUCUGUGCUGCCACUGCUGGGCGGGUGUGGAGGGAGC